UCCUCUUCCCUCGAUUGAUCCUCCGAUCUGUGAUCACUGCUGCAACUGCGAUGGAUCCUCAGGGCUGCGCCUGCGCCACUGGUGGCUCUUGUUCCUGUGCCGGCUCCUGCAAAUGCAAAAAUUGCAAAUGUGCUUCAUGCAAAAGCUGCUCCUCCUGUUGCCCAGCUGGAUGCAACCAAUGUGCCAAGGGUUGUGUCUGUAAAGAGCCGCUGUCAGAUAAAUGCAGCUGCUGCCACUAA